AUGCCAUUGCCAGAACAACAACAAUAUUGCACUGCCAUAACAACAUCAACAAGCACCGCCACCUCCUCCCCCUUCUCGCCACCACCCCCACCACCGGAUCUGCAGCGCCACCACCACCACUCUGCCGCCACAAGCACCGCCACCUCCUCCCCCUUCUCACCACUGCGACCAUCACCACCCUCUCCCCACCCCUGUGUCAACUCCAUACCUCUGCCACCACCGACCCCCGCCACGACCACCUACUACUACCCAACCUCAACCACCACCACAGUUAUCAAAUUCCAAUUCAUUCAAAAUCAACUUCAUUAUGUCUUCUUCCCUACUACAACCUCCACCACACACCGUCCAAACACACUGUUAAAAUCACCCCUGCAACCACCACCAUUGCACCUCCGAACAGCUUGUCAAUCAACACAGCGAAGAAAUCCCCAUGUGUCCCCCCUCAAUUUCACCUGCUUCAAUCUAGGGUUUCAACCAGGACACCCCAGGAUUUCCCUUUCAGAAAAUGGACCUGAUUCCAAUUCAGGAGGAUAUGAAGGUGGAGGAGGUGAGGGUGUCGGGGGUGGCGGCGGUGAUGGUGGCGGCGGUGAUGGUGGAGGCGGAGGAGGUGAAGGUGGAGGAGGUGAAGGUGGAGGAGGUGAGGGUGUCGGGGGUGGCAGCGGUGAUGGUGGAGGCGGUAAGGGCGACGGUGGUGGUGGUGGAUCUUUAGUGGUGAUGGUGAUUAACGGAGGUGAUUCAAAUCCGAUUCAGGGAGGUGAAGGUGGAGGAGGUGAGGGUGUCGGGGGUGGCGGCGGUGAUGGUGGAGGCGGUGAGGUGAGGGCGACGGUGGUGGUGGUGAUUGACGGAGCACCGUUGGAAUACUUGUUGUUGGGGAAAUUUCAGAAACCGGACGAUCAGAGAGGCGUGUAA